UCCUCUGUCUCCGAAUGGAGAGUGAUCUUUUUUCACAUCUAUUGAAUCUCUCAGAGAUCGCCUUGUCGCGCGGCCUGAGGAGGGACCACAUAGAUCACAGAAUGCUUCAGCCAGCGAGGGAUCGACGUUUCCACAGCAUCCACUUCGCCUUCUGAUAUCGCGGACUUUCCAGCGGACGGCGUGAAAGUGGGGAAUUGUUGGAGACCUCCAGAUUCGCGAAAUGUUGGAAUGGAAGGCGCAGACUCUGACUCGCCGUCUCAAACAGGAGUAUGAAGUGCUUUGCGGAUCUGGGAUCAACGAGAGACAAACUUGGUUUUCUUCGGAUAUCACUAAACGCUCGCGGGGAAAUACACUAGCGCGGAUAACGAGACGUUCGGCGCAGACUUUGCAACAUGGCCUCGGCUGUUAAUGUGUCCUCCGAGCAGGAAAACAGAGACCCCGAUCGGCCGAGGUUAACGCGGAGAAAUAGGGGCAACUAUCGGACCGCAGCGGCGGAUUUGGAGUAUUUGCAGCGGCCGAGCUAUUGCGAUGCCGCCUUUGCAUUGGAGCAGAUUUCAGAGGGGAAAGCGAUUGGGAGGAAAGCGCCGCUGUGGUUGAGAGCAAAGUUUCAAAGACUUUUGUUUAAACUUGGCUGUUACAUACAGAAGAACUGCGGAAAGUUUUUAGUUGUGGGUCUUUUAAUAUUCGGAGCUUUUGCUGUUGGCUUAAGGGCAGCUAAUCUGGAGACGGACGUGGAGAAACUCUGGGUAGAAGUGGGCGGCAGGGUGAAUCAGGAACUCAAGUACACGCGGCAGAAGAUCGGAGAGGAGGCCAUGUUUAAUCCUCAGCUCAUGAUACAGACGCCGCGACAGGAAGGUGCUGACAUUCUGACCGUAGAAGCUAUCAAGCAGCACCUCAACUCUGCCAUAAAGGCCAGCCGAGUGCAAGUUUACAUGUACAACAGGAAAUGGAAAUUGGAAGAUUUAUGCUACAAAUCAGGAGAACUUGUUACAGAAACCAAUAUUGUGGACCAGAUUAUAGAGAAACUUUACCCAUGUCUGAUCAUCACUCCUCUAGACUGCUUCUGGGAAGGUGCUAAGCUACAUUCAGGAACGGUCUACCUCUCCGGCAGAGACCCAAUGCAGUGGACCAACUUUGAUCCGAUGGGAUUCAUUGCUGAGCUGAAGAUGCUGAAGUAUCCGGUGGACAGCUGGGAGGAGAUGCUGGUCAAAGCAGAGGUGGACCAUGGCUAUAUGGACCGCCCCUGUCUAAAUCCCGCGGACCCCGACUGCCCGUUGUCAGCUCCCAACAAGAACAUGACACAGCCUUUUGACGUGGCUGGUGUUCUGACUGGUGGCUGCUAUGGGCUUUCCAAAAAGUACAUGCACUGGCAGGAGGAGCUUAUCGUAGGUGGGACCAAGAAGAACGACAGCGGCAAACUUCUGAGUGCACAGGCCCUCCAGACCAUGUUCCAGCUCAUGACCCCAAAGCAGAUGUACGAGCGCUUGAAGGACUACGAGGUGGUAUCGCACAUCAACUGGAACGAGGACAAAGCAGCUGCCAUACUAGAGGCCUGGCAGAGGAAAUACACUGAGGUUGUCCAGCAGAGCGUGUCAAUAAAUUCGUCUCAGAAAGUUCUCACAUUCACCACCACCACCUUGGAAGACAUCCUCAAGUCCUUCUCUGAUGUCAGUGUGAUCCGGAUCGCCAGUGGCUACCUCCUAAUGCUUGCCUAUGCGUGUCUGACCAUGCUGCGGUGGGACUGCGCCAAAUCUCAGGGGGCGGUCGGGCUGGCCGGAGUGUUGCUGGUCACUCUUUCUGUCGCCGCUGGACUGGGACUCUGCUCUCUUUUGGGCAUCUCCUUUAACGCCGCUACCACACAGGUGUUGCCAUUCCUGGCCCUUGGAGUAGGGGUGGACGAUGUCUUUCUCCUGGCUCACGCUUUCAGUGAGACCGGCCAGAACAAGAGGAUUCCAUUUGAGGACCGCACUGGUGAAUGUCUGAAGAGGACUGGGGCUAGUGUAGCUUUGACUUCCAUCAGUAAUGUGACAGCAUUUUUCAUGGCCGCCCUUAUUCCAAUCCCAGCACUCCGAGCUUUCUCUUUACAGGCCGCAGUGGUCGUGGUGUUUAACUUCGCUAUGGUGCUGCUCAUCUUUCCUGCCAUCCUCAGCAUGGAUCUGUACCGCAGAGAGGACCGCCGCUUUGACAUUUUCUGCUGCUUUGUCAGUCCUUGCGCUAACCGGGUGAUCCAGUUGGAGCCGCAGGCGGCGUACGCUGACUCCUCUGCUGAAUCCAGCCGCUACAGCCCUCCACCCUCCUACAGCAGCCACAGCUUCGCCCAGCACACCCAAAUCACCAUGCAGUCCACCGUACAGCUGCGCACAGAGUACGACCCCAGAACACAGGCCUACUACACAACGGCCGAGCCCCAUUCUCACAUCUCCGUUCAACCCUAUGCCCCUAAUCCCAAUCCCAACCACAACAACAACAACAACAACCGCAACAACAGCAGCAGUGCAGGGCCAGGACCGGCUUCUGAUACAGCAUCCUGCCAGAGUCCCGAUGGCGCGAGCUCCACACGAGACUUGCUAUCUCAAUUUGGGGAGUCGAGUUUACGCUGUCUGGAGCCUCCGUGUUCACGAUGGACGUUUGCAUCGUUUGCUGAAAAGCACUAUGCCCCGUUUCUGCUGCAGCCGACAACAAAGGUGGUGGUAAUUUUUCUCUUCUUGGCACUGCUCGGGGUCAGUCUGUACGGCACCACCCGUGUCCGGGACGGUUUAGAGCUGACUGACAUUGUGCCACGAGAGACGGGCGAAUACGACUUCAUUCGUGCCCAGUUCCGCUACUUUUCCUUCUAUUACAUGUAUGUGGUGACCCAGAAAGCUGACUACGCACAGAUCCAGCCUCAGCUCUAUGAGCUGCACCAACGCUUCGGCACUGUGAAGUACGUCCUGCGGGAGGAGAAUGGCCAGCUCCCACACAUGUGGCUGCAUUACUUCAGAGACUGGCUGCAAGGUCUGCAGGAGGCGUUCGAUAAGGACUGGCAGGCCGGUAGGAUCACUCAGGGGAACUACAGGAAUGGCUCUGAUGAUGGUGUCCUGGCCUACAAACUCCUGGUGCAGACCGGCCGCAGAGACAAGCCAGUCAACAUGAACCUGCUAACUAGACAGCGUUUGGUGAGCGCCGAUGGAAUCAUCAACCCAAAUGCCUUUUACAUUUACUUAACUGCCUGGGUGAGCAAUGACCCAGUGGCCUACGCUGCAUCCCAGGCCAGCAUCCGUCCGCACCCUCCUGAGUGGCUCCAUGAUAGGACAGACUCCAUUCCUGUCAGCAGACUCAACAUUCCUGCCGCUGAGCCCAUCGAAUAUGCACAGUUUCCCUUCUACCUCAACGGGCUUCGCGAGACGCCACAGUUCGUGGAGGCCAUCGAGAGCGUCCGCUCCAUCUGCAGCAACUACAGCCGCCAGGGCCUUCCCAGCUACCCCAACGGCUACCCCUUCCUCUUCUGGGAGCAGUAUGUAGGCCUGCGCCACUGGCUCCUGCUGUCCAUCAGCGUCGUGCUGGCCUGCACCUUCCUGGUGUGUGCCGUCUUCCUGCUCAACCCCUGGACUGCCGGAAUCAUAGUCUUGGUGCUGUCUUUGAUGACGGUGGAGCUGUUUGGCAUGAUGGGAUUAAUCGGCAUCAAGCUCAGCGCUGUCCCUGUCGUCAUCCUUAUUGCUUCCGUUGGCAUUGGUGUGGAGUUCACCGUCCACGUGGCACUGGCGUUCCUCACAGCCAUCGGGGACCGGAACAAGCGAGCCAUUCUAGCACUUGAGCACAUGUUCGCCCCAGUGCUGGACGGAGCGUUUUCCACUCUGCUAGGAGUCUUGAUGCUGGCGGGGUCAGAGUUCGACUUCAUAGUCAGGUAUUUCUUCGCUGUUUUGGCCAUCCUAACAGUGUUAGGGGUCCUGAAUGGACUGGUGCUGCUCCCAGUCUUAUUGUCCUACUUUGGCCCUUAUCCUGAGGUAUCUCCAGCGGAUGGGCGAAGCCGGCUGCCCACACCGUCCCCAGAACCUCCCCCACAGGUGGUCCGCUUCACCAUGCGACCCAGUCACACGACUCCUGAAGCAGGUUCAGACUCGUCAGACUCAGAAUAUGGUUCCAACACUACUGUGUCCGGGAUUAGCCAGGAGCUUCAGCAGUAUGACCUCCAGUCCAACAGGGGGCGAUCAGCCAGACUAGAGGAGUUGCGAAUCGCCACAGGGGGCCGACAAGGCAGUCGUCAGGUUGAACUGCCAAUGUUUCCUCCUUACUCAGAUGAAGCUAGACAGCAGCAACCACCGCAGCAUUACAGGUCUACCCAUCUACCCAGUUCUCAGGAUGCUGGACCUCAGUCGUCAAAGCGAUAUGGUAGCAGGGACCCUAAGAGGGACUUUGGGAGCGGACCCCCGCCCCCCCCUCACAGGCCGCGCAUGGAUGCUUUUGAAACCGCUACUGAGCCAGGUGGCUGUUCGGGCCCCAACCACCGGGAACGUUCAGGGGCCCAUCGUCCCCGCUCCCACAACCUCUACACUCAUCCUUCCCAUCCGUCCACAGGCCCCGCCUACUGUCAGCCCAUCACAACAGUGACAGCCUCGGCCUCAGUGACGGUCGCCGUUCAUUCGGGGAUGCCGGGCCAGAGCCCCGCCUACCCGUCCCACCCCUCCAAUGACAGCUAUCACACUUCAGAAGAUGUCUACACUGACCCUCACUUCUCCGACCCUCAUGUGCCCUUUGACAAGAGCAGUGACAGCUCGAAAACAGAGGGCAUGGAGCUGCAGGAUCUAGAAUAUGACACUCCCAAUGUCUGCCACUCAACACCCUCCAGCUGAGUGGUUGAAUGUUGAAGCUCAAACAGCCAAAGAUGGGACAUCAGUGUGCCAGCGUGGCAGAAACAUGGUGCUGCAUGGCGGGAACACUUUGACCAGCAGCGCCUUUUCGGUGCUUGACUCUGUUACUGUAUAACCCUGGUGUAUUAUUGUUAGAUAUUUCUAUAAGUAUUUAUGUGUACACAAAUGUAAAUAAUGAAUGAGAGUGGCUAUAAUUUGACCCACACAUCAUUUGUGUGUGUAUCUGUGCCAUAAGGAAACUUCAUUCUCGACAAACAUUUCAGCAUACGGUCGUUGCUGCUUAUGAUAUUGUUGUAAUGUUUGUAUAAUGCUAUGCAAUUAUCUUCUCUAAUUUUAUAGAACCGUGCGUGUGAGAGUUUGAAAAUGUGUUGUUGUGUGUGUGAAUAUUUUUGGUUCACGACAGACCCCCUAGACCCCUCAGAUGCAUAUUAACUAACAAAAACAAACUCUAAGUGACCUAACAUAAUAUGUUAAAUGAUUUU